CGCUUGCGGGAGGUUCCCCGGGCAGCCGCGUCCCGCCACUCCCCGCGUAACCGGAGUCUCCCGCGCGCCUGCCGCUCCACUCUGGUCCCGCCGCGCCACACGACGCCCCGCCCGACGGCGACAUGGGCGUCCCCCGGGUCGCAGUUGCCUGCGGCCGGCGCUGGGGCCCCGUGCUCUUUGCUGUUUUCCUGGCUGCGUCCCGAGGUCUGGUGGCAGCCUUCAAGGUCAGCACGCCAUACUCCCUGUAUGUAUGUCCCGAGGGGCACAAUGUCACCCUCACCUGCCGGCUCCUGGGCCCUGUGGCCAAGGGGCACGACGUGACCUUCUACAAGACAUGGUACCGCAGCUCUUGGGGUGAGGUGCAGGCCUGCUCGGAGCGCCGGCCCAUCCGCAACGUCACAUUCCAGAACCUUCACCUGCACCACGUGAGCCACCAGGCUGCCAACAGCAGCCAGAACCUGGCCCGGAGCCACGGGCUGGAGGUGGCCUCUGACCACCAUGGCAACUUCUCCAUCACCAUGCGCAACCUAACCUCGUGGGACGGCGGCCUCUACUGCUGCCUGGUGGUGGAGCUCCGGAGCCACCACUCGGAGCACAGGGUCCACGGGGCCAUGGAGCUGCAGGUGCAGAGAGGCAAAGACGCGCCGUCCAAAUGCAUUGCCUACCCGCCCUCGCCCCAGGAGAGCGAAAACAUCACGGCCGCGGCCCUGGCCACGGGCGCCUGCAUCGUGGGAAUCCUCUGCCUUCCUCUCAUCCUGCUGCUGGUCUACAAGCAAAGGCAGGCGGCCUCCAACCGCCGUGCCCAGGAGCUGGUGCGGAUGGACAGCAGCAACACCCAAGGACUGGAAAACCCCAGCUUUGAGGCCUGUCCAGCCUCCCAGGGGAUGCCUGAGGCCAAGGCCAAGCCCCCACUGUCCUACAUGGCCCAGCGGCAGCCUUCUGAGUCUGGGAGGCACCUGCUCUCAGAGCCCAGCACUCCCCUGUCUCCUCCAGGCCCUGGGGACGUCUUCUUCCCAUCCCUGGACCCUGUUCCUGACUCCCCAAGCUUUGAGGUCAUCUAGACUAGCUCGGGUGCAGUGGAUGGCUUGGGGCAGGUGCACUGGAGCUGGACCAGCCCUCGGCAUGGCCUCCUCGGCCUUGGUUUGCUCCCUCCUGCUCGGAGCCCAGACUUUGUGGCCCCCCGAUGCCCAGACCCUCUCCCCCUCUGGAUGCUGCAUGGGAAGGAAGAUGCUGGAUCGUUCAGUCCCCUCCCAAUGAUGAUGGGGUGCUGGGUCCCCCUCAAAGACUUGAAGCUAACCAGCUACAGAUGCCAAAUGGCCUGCAUCCUAACAUGUCCCGGAUGCCCAGCUCUGCCUUAGUCUGUCUCUCUGGGACACAAGCCUUGGGGCCUGGGCACAUCCACAGGACAGUGGAGAGACUCCUGCCGCCCGUGCUGGACCUGGCCCCCGCCCCAGCCCCAGCCCCCAGCCCAUCUGAGGCUGUUGCACUCACUCUUUGAGCCCUGGGCGGGGGCCCUCUGGGCCUGGGUGGACUGGGCCCUGGGCCUUGGCGCUUGCUCUGUGCUUCUGAGUAGCCAUCUCUCUGAGGAUCUGUCCACAGGUUAAGUGAGUCUAGGGCUCAAACUGCUUGCAUUCUGAUCCCCAGAGGCUCCGAAACAGGAAGUAUGUGUUGGGGCACAAUGGCCGCUGUGCACCAGCUGAGGUCUUGGGCAAUGUGCGACCAGGCCAGAGGCUGAACCACCCAGCGCCUGUGGGAGCCCUGGGAAGCUGGGUGUUAGGGACCUUUCUCCUGCCCUCACCAUCCCCGACUCCUGCUGCUCCGUGGCAGUGGCAAGGGUGGGCACACGUCUCGACACUUCUGAGUGUGCAAAGGGGGUGCUAUUAAAACUAUAUGGGGCAAAUGCUGA